AUGACCUUGGGCGUCGCGCUGCUCGUCAGCGCGAUUGGCGCCAUGUGCUGGCACGCGGCCUAUGCGCUGCGCCCCGUGUGCUGGGAGGUGACGUUCCUGGUCACCAAGAUCUUUCUGGUGCUGCCGCGAGAAUGGAUUUUUGCCUCGUCGUUCUUUUCCGAUUCGGUGAUGAUCCUCACCGGCCUCGCGUCGGCGUUCCUGCGCUCGGUGCUGGUCGAGGGACUGCGCGUGCUCGGCCAGGAGUUGUGUGUGAUUGUGAUCCUGGCCCUCGUCUGGCAUUCGAACCGCACGUCGGUCAAGGCGGCAGACGUAGACGACACGUGCUGGGUCGGCGUCGACGACCCCCGUUUCCCGCUUGCGCUCUGGCUCGGUAUCGGCUGGGCGACGGCCGAGGUCGUGGCCGGCUCGUAUCAGCUGUGUAAGUUCCUGCCGCUGUUCCGCUCAGUGGAAGACACGACGCCGCCGGACGAAGAGGACAUCUUGAACGACUUUGUCCAGCCAAACGACAACGACGAAGACCGCAGCGGAUCGGAAUCGUCGUCGACCGACGAAGAAGAAGAGCUCUCGCUGGACGACAUCAUCCUUGUCCGCGAAAAGUCUGAGCUCGAAGAGCAGCUGGGCGAGUUCCUGGAGAACAUCUCGCCUGCGACUAUCACGUUGUGGCGCAUGGACAGUGUCCUCUGGAACUUGGGCAGCUGCCUGAUGCUCUCUGCCUCUCUUACGCACGCACAAGGGUGCCUUGGCGACUCGACAACCGUGGGCAACUCGUACGCCUUCCUCCCAUUCCCGCCCAUCGCCGCCAUUUGGCCCACCCUGCUCCUCCUCAUCUCGCUGCAUACUCUCGCGACGACCAUCUGGAUGAUGGCGCUUCCUCGCCUCGGCCUCACGAGUAUCACGUACACCACCAUGCUCGUCGGCCUUGCGCUCCUCUCUGCGGGCUUGGGCCGCUGGGGCGCGCUCGCAUAG